GCAGUCGUUGGCUGCCCACGGCAAGGUGCAGUCAGGUGUUUUCUACACAGGUGUUAAGCAAUAUGCAGCCCGUCCCCAGGUCACGUGAUGGUGGAGAAUGUUUCACGUCGACUCGUCCAGUGGUAGACUAGAGUUCCACGUCAGCAUGAGCGAUCCGAGGUCAGAGGUCAAGCACCCGCUGAAACACAGACCGCUGUGCCAUCUGUUCUCCGGACGUCUCAUCUUCUUCCAUGGUGUUCUCUUCUUCGCCGUUAUCGUCGUCCUCGUCAUACGGUACGCGGACAUCUGUCCGGUCCGCUUCCCCGCCCAUCUCGAGGUCACUCUGGCGCCUAUCAAGGUCAACGAGACACUGCUGGAUGGCCAUUUUCAAGUGGCCAUGGCGGCCAUAAACUUGUCACUCUUGGCCCCGCUGCCUACAGUUCCAACCGAUAAAAAACAUCUUUUUCAGUACGAGUUAUCUGAGUUUGAUCUGGAGAUGAUCUCAGAAAUGCUCUCAGCGUUUGAUACAUUGAUGAAAAAUGCUUCCAUAACUUAUUUUCUAUAUAAGGGUUCAUUACUUGGCUCUUACAGACAUCACAGUAUUAUCCCCUGGGACGAUGACCUUGACUUUUUAGUGUCUGUGAAGGAGAAAGAAAAAAUUAAGAACGUCUUUCAUAACCAUUCCAUCUACCUGCUGGAUACGUUAUCCAUCAGGUACAAAGUCUACCACAAAAACGGCCACCCUAUCAAAGACAUCAGUUGGAAAUCCCCGUUUUUAGACAUCAGCUUUUACACCGAGAACUCCACUCACAUAUGGGACGUCACUCUACCCUCCCAGUCGCCGUAUCCAAAGAGUAGUAUCUUCCCUUUAACGGAGCGCCCCCUGCUCGGGGCGCUGUACCCCUCCCCCAGGGACCCGCUGAAGACGCUCCAGGCCAACUACAAUCUCGACGACUGCCACACGGGGACGUACAACCACACGGGAGAGUUCAAGCGCCACGACAAUGACGUCAGCAACGUCCGGUGUUCGGCGCUCAUCGGGACGGUGCCGUUUGUUCAGCACGUCAGGGGGCCGGGAGGGGCGUGGUGCGAGGAGCUCUUGACUUUCAGAGGAAAAAUUCUCAACACUUUUGUCAGGGACGCUAAAGAUAUUCCAGUGUGUUAGUCCGGUCUGUUAACUUUCUCAGUCUAAAGAUAUAGCUUCGUGUCGACUUCCUGUGUCUAAACAUAUUCUAGCGUGUUAUUUAACUUCUUGUGACUGAAGAUAUUCCAGUGCUUCAACUUACUGUGUUAAAAGAUAUUUCAGUGUGUUAACUUUUUGUGACUGAAUAUGUUCCAGUGUUAACUUCCUUUGUCUAAAGAUAUUUCAAAGUUAUCUCCCUGCGUUAACCCUUCGUGUAACUAUAUUAUUGUUUGUGAUUAUGGAUGCAAAUAACAUAAAGACUUUCACGUGAGUACUUAUUUUCCUCACGAAUUAACCUUCUCGGAUGAUCAUCCAAAAACUGAUUGAUUUGACUUGACUUUGUGAUUCUCAUCGCGUCUACGGCCUACUCUUUCAACGUGGACUGCAAAAUUGAUAGAAUUUUAUUAGUUUCGUGCUUGAUAAACGUAUUUUUCGUCUAGAUAUUCUUCAGUAUUUUUUAAAAUGUUGAGUCUAGGUUGUGGUGUCAUAAAUCUUUCAAGACUAAGCCUUAAUUAACUGCGGAGGUUGAGAGGUUAAAGUAGAUUACUAACCUGAAAGUCUCGAGUUCGGAUCCAGGGCUAGAUUUGUAGGUCGUCCACGAGUUACCCAGUACAGCACUCGUAUCAGAGUACAGCAAAAUGACGGCUACGGGAUAAUCACGCAGUGUGCUGACCACACCAUAGGGUGACAACACGAUGUGCUGACCACACCAUAAGAUGACCACAUCAUAGGGCGACCACACCAUAGGGUGACCACACCAUAAGGUGACCACAGCAUAGG